AUGGAUAAGUUUAAUGCAGUUCUAAAGAUUGCCAACAAGCAGACUAAUCUUGGUUUUGGGCUAGUCUCCUUGCUGACAGCUGGAGGAGAGCAGAUCUUCUCUUCAGUGCUCUUUAGGUGUCCCUGCAAUGAGCUGAACUUCCUGUAUGGCAUGGUGUUCCUUCUGGUACCCGCUCUGGCUCUGCUGCUGCUGGCUUACAUCUUGAGUAAAAAGAUGUGGAAGAUGAUGACGGGUUUUUGUCAAGACGGGACUAAUAUUUGCUGCUGGAAGAGGAUGCUGCACUUUCUGAAAAUAAUCUUUCAGAUCAGCACCACAGCCUUGGUGGCACCGUCAAGUUGGAUAGCCGUAGCUUUGCUAAAUGGGAACUACUUUGAGUGCGCAAUGACAGGUGUCAAUGUGAGUUAUUACAGUGAACGUCUCUGUGGCAGUGCUAAUUCUCUGGUCGAGUGUCGAAAGGAUGUCCCCACAUACCCUUGCGGAGGAGGCAGCAGCGGCAAUGACAGAGAAGCUGUUCUGCUCACCCUAAGGGCACACUCCCAGAUCCUUGGUUGGCUGUUGAUCGCCUUCGUCAUGUUGUCCAACCUCUUGCUGACCUGUCUGGCUCGGUGCAGCUCGCCCGUCAGCUACUUGCAGCUCAAGUUCUGGAAGGUUUAUUCUCAGGAGGAGAGCAACCUAAUGGACUCCUAUACCUCAAUUCAUGCCAAGGAACUUGCUGAGAGAAACAUUGAAAGCUUCUUCAAACAGACAAGUCCACAACAUAUCAUUACUCCCUCCAACAAAGAUUGGGAAAAAAUCUCCACACUUUACAAGUUCAGCACCAAAGACCACUACUACAGUACAUUACACAAGUAUGUAGAGACCGGGAUGAUGCGAAUGGCCUCAUUUAAAUCAGCUGAGUCACCUUCAGACAAUCCCGCUGUUCUGAAUUUUGUGGAUGAAGGCGGAAUGUGUUUGUAA